CACGUUUGUUGGGUCUCUAAAAAUACAAACAGGAGUUCCUUUUUUAUUUGCUCAAAUCAAACAUCCUUCUUUCCUCAAAAAAUAAGAAAAAUCAAACAUUCUUCUACUUCUAGGUUGUCUGUAAGAAGUCCUAGUCUAUGUCUUUUUCUUGGGUGAUGUAUUACUGAUUGGUGUUUCACUUCUGUGAGUUGCGAUUUAGGUAUACAGAUGUCUUCUGCAAUGGCUGAUACUGAGAAAAGCCAGGAGGUGGUGACAGAGAACUUGAGGAAACAGCUUGCAGUUGCUGUGAGGAGUAUCCAGUGGAGCUAUGCAAUUUUCUGGUCACUGUCAACUAGGCAAAAAGGGGUACUGGAGUGGGUGGAUGGGUACUAUAAUGGAGACAUCAAGACAAGGAAGACAGUACAAGCUCUGGAGCUGAAACAUGACGAAAUAGGAUUACAGAGAAGUGAGCAGCUGAGAGAACUUUAUACAUCUCUUCUUGAAUGUGAAACUGACCAGCAGGCUAAGAGGCCUUCUGCUGCGUUGUCUCCAGAGGAUCUUUCUGAUGCAGAGUGGUAUUACUUGCUUUGCAUGUCCUUCCUGUUCAGUCCUGGUCAAAGUUUGCCAGGAAGAGCAUUAGAAAAUAGAGAAACCAUUUGGUUGUGCAAUGCUCAGUAUGCAGACAAUAAAGUAUUUUCUCGCUCUCUGCUUGCCAAGAGUGCAUCUAUUCAGACUGUGGUAUGCUUUCCCCACCUCGGUGGAGUAGCUGAGCUGGGUGUAACUGAACUGGUUGCUGAGGAUCCUAGCCUCAUUCAACACAUCAAGGCUUCCUUAUUAGAAUUUUCGAAGCCUGUUUGCGCUGCAAAAUCUUUGUCUGCUCCUCAUAGUGCAGAUGAUGAUAAAGGCCCAGUAUGCGUUCAAGUUGACUGCGAGACAGUAUAUGCUUCAGAGGACCUGCAUCACCCUGCAGAUACGCAAGGAAAUGGGCAACAAGAAUUAAACAUGGACUCUGCUGAUGAUUGCUCAAAUGGCUUUGAGAAGAAUCAUCGGGCUGAAGACUCUAUUCUCGAAUAUAUAAAUGGUGGAACCUCUCAUGUUCAAAGUUGGCAUUUCACGGAUGGUGAAUUAAGCAAUGGCGCCGAAGGUUCUGUCACUUCCAGUGAUUGUAUGUCGGAGGCUGUUGCAAAUGAAGGAAACUCUCUCUCCUGUCCCAAGGACAAAAAUAUAAGCCACUUUCAGUUGAAAGAACUUCAAGAAGGUAACAACAGGAAAUUCAGCUCCCUGGAUCUUGGAGCCAGUGAUAACUUGCACUACAGAAGAACUUUAUCUUUAGUCCUGAGAAGUUCAACCCAGUUGAGUGGAAACUCAUGUUUCUGCAGUGGGAAUCACAAAUCCAAUUUUUUUACCUGGAAGAAAGGAGCAUUCAAUGGUCAUAAGCCACAAUUACAACAAAAUAUGUUAAAGAAAAUUUUAUUUACAAUCCCUUUGAUGCACAGUGGAAGCUCUCUUAGGCCUCAUAUUGAAGAUGGAGGGGAAGAUUCCUUUAGGAAACUGAAAAGCAAUGAAAUAUGCCAGGGACUCAAGUUAAUGAUUCAUUCUGUUAGUGAGAUGAACAAAGCAUCAAUCGUCAAUGACAUGAUUAAAUACUUACAAGAGCUUGAGGCAAGAGUUGAAGAAUUGGAAUCUUGCAUGGACUUGGCGGAGUAUACAGCGGGACCCAGAAGAAACGAUUUGGACAUGGUAGAGCAGACAUCAGAUAACUAUGAAAACAAGAAUACUGACAAUGAGAAGAAGCUUUGGACAAGCAAGAGGAAGGCCAGUGACAUUUAUGAAACUGUCACAGAGCUUGAUGAAAUGGUAUCUGAUCAGGAUGUGCCCUCAAAUGUGAAGGUCUCCAUGCGAGAGAAAGAGGUUGAAGUUGAGAUGAAAUGUUCUUACAGGGAAUAUAUAUUGCUUGACAUCAUGGAUGAAAUCAAUAAUCUUCACUUGGAUGUGCACUCAGUUCAGUCAUCUACUAUUGAUGGCAUUCUUACAGUGACCCUAAAGUCUAAGUUUCGAGGAGCAGCAGUUGCACCUGCAGGGAUGAUUAAACAAGCACUUUUGAAGAUUGGCUGUAAUUAACAGCUGGAAGGGUGUUAUAAUUUCAACCUAUCCCUGUUCAAUAGAGAGUUGGCUUCUAGUUCUACUAGAUAGUUUGUGUAAUUUGUAGCUGUACCUGCUUAAACUUCAAGCUAUUUCCUACCUGCUUUCAAUAGAUUUGAGCUGAUCAACUGUGUCCGUAA